AGCCUAUGACCUAUUCGAUCAUCUAUUUCUACGCUAGGGAGUAGUUGCUGGUCAGGGAGAUACAGCUACUUCAGAAAACGCUAGGAGGGGCAGUGCUGAACGCACGUGCUGCACAGAGAACAGUUCACUUCCUUCUUUGGUCUCGGUCUAACUGCUUUCAGCACUUGAACUUUAUACAUAUUAUCCACAAGUCUGACUCACAAUGAGCAUCGAAAAGCAGGUGCCUAAAUUGGCCUUUAUGGUCCUUUUGGUCAUUGUGCCAAAGAUAAGAGCACGCGGUUCGUGCCUUGAGGCUAAGCUUUGUUGUCCAGGCAGGGAUAGCUCUUGUGUUGUCCAGAAAGCCCCCCUCAAUUCUAUCAUUGAAGAUCUCACUGAUCGGCCUUGUUACUGUGACCAUGCAUGUCUGAAGGUUGGGGACUGUUGCUAUGACUUCAAAGAGGCGUGUAGAGUGGUCAAUUGUGAAGUGUCCGACUGGGGCCCAUGGUCUAAAUGUGACGCCGAUUGUGGACCAGGAAUGAUGACUAGACAACGUUUUGUUUUGAAGAGUCCUCAGAACGGAGGAGAGCAGUGUCCAGAACUUUCUCAAAAACGGGGCUGUGCUGGGACCAAAUGUGAAGACGCCAACCGCAGUCAGAAGGCUCUUAAGGAGACGGCACUGAUCCUCAGAGGAGAGUUUUCUAAAAUGCGCACUAUGAAUGCAACACAUGAUAUCAGAAAGAACCUUCGACUUCGCUACCCUAAGGACCCAGCAAAAGAGAGAAGUCAGGAAUAUUGCGUUGUAUUUGAAAUUACAAAAUCUCAUCACAAGUGCUCAUCUCUGGCAGAAGAUGCCGCAAAACUAAAGAAGGGAGAUCGCGUGUGUGUCGCAUGUGAAGAAGCAGCUAUGAGGAAACAUCUAGGUUAUCGUUGCACGGGUCACGGAGUCGACGGUAAAGCAACUCGCUGGGCUGCCUUGGACACCUCAAACUGCCAUGGCCGCUGGGUUCGAAUGAGUGAACAUUCCGUCUGUCCUUGCCACUCAGACCCUACACCUGAUUUCAUAUUCGUCUAAAGACUGUGAACAACAGUCAGAGUUCAGGUGAAAAGAGCUGAGUGGUAGACCUAAAUUUAACUUUUUUAUUGUAAUGAAAUAAUUCGUUAAGAGGGUUAAAAUGGGGGGGGGGGGAUUACAAUCUCUUUUACACAUGCUGAGUAGUGGAUUUUUGAGUAAUAUGUUUAAAUCUGUUAAGAAUAAACUCUACCCUAAACUUUAUAUCAUACUAACUUUAAGAUUAUGGACAAUCAAAAACCGUGGAACACUAUCAAUUCGUAGCAGAUUUAUUAACUUUAAGGAAUAUUUGAGUGCAACAUUUGUUUUUCUAAAAAAUAAAUAAAUAUUUCAGUUUUUCCUUUUGAUGUUAUAGUAUAUUCAAAACGUUACUGCUAAUGAAUGAAAUUAAUUUCUGUACUGAUAAAAAUGUUUGUGGCAAGCAAACGUAAAUAGUAUUGAUAUAUAUAUAAAUUUUCUAUUUUAUUACAUUUGAAUCAUAUAAAUUGAAAGAUGGGAAUGAAUUUUGAGCAGUCGAGAAAAUUUUAAAUUUUGAGCUUAUAAUUUUAUGUAUGCACUUGAUAAACAAAUAUACUUUUUACCUUAUCGCCGUUAGGGGGCAUUUGUGAUACUGUAAUUUUAUUUCUUUAAUUCCUCAAAUAUAUCCGUUACACCUUCUGCAUUGUAUUCUAUCAUGUUAUUGCGUUACAGAAGCGAUAUUGAAAAUGGUUCUAUUUUAUAACUUUUUCUUUUUGUUCAGAUCAAAUUUUAAGAAUGCUAUUAUUUCUGAACAGCAUUUGAAAAAAAAAAUAGAAGUUUUUAGUUUUAAAUAUAUAAUCUUAUUUUUGAAUUUGGUGAACAAAGAAACAAAUAACAGUUUUACAACAAUAUGUGUGCUGAAUAAUAUAGAAGUAUAAAUUAAUAACAUUAUUGCCAUCCAUUGUUCUGAUUCCGUACACAGUUUCACAUUGUUACCAUUACCGUACAUGAUUUGAUAACCAUUUCCCCGAAUUUUUAAGAAAACUACCUCACCAAAUGUAUAGAAAUCACUUCUGUUGUUGUGUUUCUGAAAAUUAUUACAGUUAAUCUAUCAUAAUUGUUAGACUAAAAUUUUGAUUGAUAUGUGAACACAGAUAAUAGUGAAAAUAUUUUAGCCUUAAGGGAUUUUUACUAAUGAAAAAUUUCUAGAUUCCAAGAAAUUUUGAACAGUUGACAAGCAUUUGAUUUUAGAAUCAUAUGUAUUUAAAUUAAAGAAGGCCCAAAUGGUAGCUAUGACUUUAGUAUCCUUUUUCUACUCAUAAGAAUACGAUUGGUGAAACUUCUAAUGUUACGUCAAUGUGAUAUAGUGGUAGUUUAGCUGAAAUGCUUUUAAUAGUUGAGAAGAGUGUGAAAUGUGCUAAACAAGCUACAUACCCAUGCAUGCUUAUUAACUUGAUACAUAGAGCAUCAGUAGUUUUUGAUCUGAUUUUCAGUGUGCACAUGUCUUUGUUUGGAAUUAUUUUAUUUGAGAAGGUGAGAUAGUGAUUAUCAUGGUAUGUAGUAAUUUAGUAUUAUUUUGAUACUCAGCUUUUCAUACAGGAGUUAUUAUAUAUAUGCCUCAUUGUUUGUGAAGUGUGUAUUUGUUUGGAAUUAACUAUAGGAGUCUUUUUGUCUGUUACACAUAUUUUCAGUGUCAUAUUUUCUGUAGGGAUUGUUUGAGUGAAUUGGACAUAUAUUAAUUUAGAUUUCAAAUAUGGGGCCACCACUCAAGCAAUACCUGUGAUUGUAAUAACUUACUGAAAUCAAACAGAAUGGUAAAGAGUUUGACGACAAGUCUAACGUUAAAAUAUAUGUGAUGUUUAUGAAUGGCAGGAGAAUCGAAAGUUUUUGUCAAACUGUAUUUUCACAUUGCUUUUCCAACGUACUUUUAACAUACAACUAAUAUUUUUGUUUUUACUGAUUUUAUUAACAUCGAGACCUCAAAUUCUUUCUUUUAUAGCAUUAGAAAUGUUAGUUUUGUAAUAAAGUAAUCUUUAUUCACAGUC